AUGAUUCAUAAAAAUUUUUAAUUUAUGUUAUUUACGACAACCGUAAUACGGCUAAUUGAAAACGAAAGGAAGUCUUGAGCAAAAUUCUGGAGAAACGGUAGGGAAAUAGAACAUGUGUGGCUGUUGUUGUGGCAAGGAUUCUGCGGAAGAUAAAGCAGAUCUAACGAAUCCAAUCAAAAAUCGAGGAUGCACCGACAUCAUCGUCCUGAUUUUGUUUGUUCUCUUCUGGGCUGGCAUGAUUUACAUAGCUGCCUUCUCCAUCACACACGGAGAUGCCUGGAGACUAGUCUAUGGCUAUGACAGCUUUGGUAACACAUGCGAUGAGGACAAUACCGGAAAGAAAAUUGAAAAUGUGUCCUUCUCAGGCAUGAACAUGGAAGGCAAAGGGUAUGUGUUCAUGUUGGACAUCUUUGACCCCUUGAACUCCAUGAAGCUAUGUGUGAACAAGUGCCCAGGUCAAGACUUGAACACCACAGAUGACCUUACAAGAUUUGCCAUAACUGGAGGGUCGUACCUCUGUAGAUAUGAUGUCAACGAAAAUGAUUAUGAUGAAGCCGUAAAGAAAGGUCUUUGUCCUGGAAAGGUGUUUGCCAGUGAAUCAUUACUCAACUAUUGUGUACCUUCUUCACUGAAGCGACUGGGGCUCGACUCCCUCAACAAGCUCAUGGUUUUCUUUAACCAGUUUGAUAGUUUUCAUAGAGUUUUAUCUGAUGUCAUAAAGUCAUGGCGAGAGAUGAUUAUCCUUUGUUUCGUAGCACUAGGAUUUGGGGCCUUGAUGGUUCUCCUCAUCAGAUUCCUCGCUUCUGUCAUCGUCUGGUUCAUCAUCACCAUCGCUAUACUGGGAAGUAUUGCUGGAACAGCAGGUUUAUGGUGGACAUACAUGGACAAGAAAAGAUUCAUAGACGACAAAGAAGAGGACAAUAUUCCACUGCUAAAUAUAGACAUUGACAGUGAACAGGCUUUCUUAAUCUACUCCAUCAUUGCCACUGUGCUGACAGUGAUCCUGUUGUUGGUGAUCCUGGUGAUGAGGAAGAGGAUUGGUCUGACGGUGACCUUGUUCCACGAGGCGGGGAAGUGUCUGGCUGAUGUCCCCAUCCUCCUCCUACAGCCGCUGUGGACCUUCAUCAUCCUCGUCUUCUUCUUUGUCUACUGGAUCAUCAUCCUGGCAUUCCUGGCCACAGCAGAGAUAGCCUCAGUAGAUAAGAAGACAGGAUUUGUGAAGUACACAGAGCAUGAGAAUGUCUCGUAUCUUUGGUGGUACCAUCUGAUUGGUCUAAUCUGGACCAGUGAGUUCAUCAUCGCCUGUCAGCAGCUGGUGGUGUCAGGAGCUGUCGCUACCUGGUACUUCACAAGAGACAAAAAGACAUUGUCUUGUACCAUAUGCAAAUCCACCCAGCUUCUUAUUUUCCACCAUCUUGGAUCUGUAGCCUUUGGGGCUUUCAUCAUUACCUUAGUCAAGCUUCCUAGAUGGAUACUUAUGUACAUGCAGAAAAAAAUGAAGGGAUCAGAGAACACCUGUGCUAAGUAUACAAUGAAAUGUUGUAUCUGUUGUUUAUGGUGCCUGGAAAAGUGCUUAAAAUAUCUCAACCAGAAUGCCUAUACUGUAGUGGCAAUACAAGGUUCAAAUUUCUGCUCCUCUGCAAAAAAGGCCUUCAUGACCUUGGUUGGGAAUGCUUUACGUGUGGCAGCCAUUAAUAGUGUGGGAGACUUUGUGUUGUUUCUGGGGAAAAUCGGCGUCACAGCUGCCACUGGUGCUGUUGGUAUCUUCUGGUUCAAGUCAAAGGAAGAGUUGAACUAUUAUGCCAUACCUGUCCUGCUUGUGUGUAUUUUUGCCUACUUCAUUGCUCAUUGUUUCCUCUCUACAUAUGAGAUGGUAAUUGAUGCUCUACUGUUGUGUUUCUGUCACGACACAGACAUCAAUGAUGGCUCUCCAGAGAGACGGUACUAUGCCAGUGUGUCCUUGCAGAAAUACAUAGAGGAUGGUAGUAACCAAAUGAAUGCCAUCUCAAAAGGGGAGGAUACAAGCGGGGAACCGGAGGCCGCCAGGCUGUAAAUAGCAAUUACACAGAGUAAAUCAAGAGUGGUCAAAGACAGCGAGUAUCUUCGUUCCGUGAUGCUUAUCGAAUGUUACAAAAAGGACGGUAGUUAAAUAUUAUUCAGAUGAAUGGAGAGUCAGAGUGGAAUUAAUUCAGCAGUCAGUGAAGUAGGCACAGACAUUGUGUUCAGUGAAAGUUAUACAUUCUGUACUGAUUGAGAGAAUGGAAAAAAAAUUUCUCUAUUGAUCCUGAAAGAUGUUUAUUUGUGUUUUACAUGUAAUUCUGUUUCAUAAGAGUAAUGGAUCUGAUAAAAGAAGUAAAGUAGACAUUAAUUUAGAUGCCUUUAAAUAUCAGAAUUCUGAAAGAAUUACAUGUGUCUAAAGAUUCGUUCUUUUCAUGCCUAAGCAACAUAAAAAUUGCAUUGGAACAAGAUAUUUGGAACCAUAGCUGUAUGGACUCUGAAUUUAUAACCUAGAAAUUAUACACUUUAUAGAUGUACUUGUGUAUAAGUAUAAGGUUGUUGAUUUUUAUUAUUUGAUGAUGAAUGUGUUGGUGCAUUUAAUGAAGUACUUAUAUAUUUUAUUUUUCUAAAUUUUUGUGAAGUAGAGAGUGUAUUUUUUUUAAUUUUCCUAUGAUAGUUUUUCAUAUAUAAUGCCAUUCAUGGAAUUUUUUUUUGAAGAUAAAAUAUUGAGAUUUGUUUAUAUUUUGCUAUGUUCAUAUUUUAUUUCAGAUGUACAAACCAUUAAUAAUCCUUAUGUUGAAAACUCUUGUAUAUAUUUGUCCACCAUAAAAUGUAGGAAGAUACCUCAUUUAUUUUUUUUUAUAAUUACUUUUCAAUGAAUAUAGAAUUUUUUUAUUUAAAAAAUCCUUAGAUAAUGUUCUAAACACAGAUGUUUAAAUUACUCGAAUCUCUCUUGUAUGUGAACAAAUUACAUGAGUUUUUUUAAGCAUUUAAAUCCCAAAUGUGACUCAUUAAAAUGUUAAUCAAAAGAACAAUUGUGAUUGAAAUAUUGAGUCUUCACAUUUUAAUGAUAGAUAAAAAUCAGACUCUAAUUUAAAUUCUAAUU